AAACUUAGAUUUAUCGAGCUAGGUAGGCAUUUGUGAUUAAUAUGACAGGAUAUGAAUCGCGAAAAUGGAUGAUUUUGGUAGCGACUAUCUGGAUACAAGCGUUCACCGGAACGAAUUUCGACUUCUCAGCUUACUCGUCGGAGUUGAAGGAUGUUUUGGGAAUUUCACAGGUUCAGUUGAACUACCUGGCGACGGCGUCCGAUCUCGGAAAAGCGUUGGGAUGGUCAUCGGGAUUAGCGCUGAUGUAUAUGCCGUUGUGGUCCGUCAUGUUUGUAGCUGCUUUUAUGGGGUUGUUUGGUUAUGGAAUUCAAUGGCUUAUCAUUCUUGACUUCGUUUCAUUGCCUUAUUUUGUGGUAUUUUUCUUAUGCUUGUUAGCUGGAAGCAGCAUCACAUGGUUCAACACAGUUUGUUUUGUUCUCUGCAUAAAAAAUUUCCCUUCUAACAGACCAUUAGCACUUGCACUUACAGUAAGUUUUAAUGGAGUUAGUGCAGCCUUAUACAACCUUGCUGCAAUUUCAUUAAACCCUUCUUCAACUCACAUUUACCUUCUUCUUAAUGCUUUCAUUCCUCUAUUCACUUCAAUUGUAUCACUUAUCCCAAUUCUUCGACAACCCCCUGUCGAUCCCCUGCCUUCUGAUUCCAUCAAACAUGAACAACUCAUUUUCGUCCUGCUAAAUUUCCUUGCUAUUAUUACUGGCUUCUAUCUUCUCUUUGUACAUUCAAAUGAUUUAUCAACUGCUCGUGUCAUUUUUGGUGGUGCCAUUUUAUUACUAGUCCUUCCAUUAGGCAUUCCUGGGAUUAUUUAUGCACGCGAUUGGUUUCAACGUAAGGUGUUCUCUAGUUUUACUCUUCAAGGUUCCGGCUUCCUUCUAGUGGAUGAUGAUGAUCUUGAAUUUCAUAGAGAGUUUCUUAGUCGCGAGAAUAGCCAGAUUAGUGUAACGUCUUAUGGUGUAAAUGGCGAUGGACCGACUCUUACAUUAAGCCUAACGAGGUUUAUUGGAGAUGGUGAUGAAGGAUCAUGUUGUGGGAAAAUGAUUGGGGAGGAUCAAUUGUUUAUGCUUGGAGAAGAACAUAAGGCGGAAAUGUUGGUUAAAAGAGUGGAUUUUUGGUUAUAUUAUUUUGCUUACUUUUGUGGAGGAACAAUUGGGCUUGUGUAUAGUAACAAUCUUGGACAAAUUGCACAAUCACUUGGACAUACUUCAAUGACUUCUACUCUUAUUACAUUGUACUCGUCCUUCUCCUUCUUUGGUCGUUUGCUCUCUGCAGCUCCAGAUUUCAUCAGAUUGAAGUUUUAUUUUGCAAGAACAGGAUGGCUAGCAAUAGCAUUAGUUCCAACACCAAUAGCAUUCUUCUUAGUAGCAGCAAGUGGAAAUGAGGCAGCACUUCAAGCAGGAACAGCUCUAAUUGGCUUGAGUUCAGGAUUCAUCUUUGCUGCAGCAGUGUCAAUAACAUCAGAACUCUUUGGACCAAAUAGUGUUGGAGUAAACCACAACAUUCUCAUCACAAAUAUCCCAAUUGGAUCACUUGUCUAUGGUUUCCUUGCUGCUCUUAUUUAUGACAAUAAUGCUGCUGCUGGUUUUGCUACUUUUUCAAUACAGAUGGUUAAUGAUUCAGUAGUUUGUAUGGGGAGAAAAUGCUACUUUUCAACUUUUAUUUGGUGGGGUUGUCUUGCCAUAUUAGGACUUGUUUCAAGUGUCUUGUUGUUCUUAAGAACUCGACCUGCUUAUGAGCGAUUCGAGCAAAAUCGUCGGAUAAGCUAAGUUUGUUGGAAUGAU